CGUAGGUGUUGCAACGGAUCAUCCCCUUCACAAAUACCUUUAAACUUUAAUUUCUAAUUAAAAAGAAAAUGAGUGGGUCAGGCAAAGGUCUACUCGGACUGUGGCUCUACAGAAAUGGUGUCGAAUGGCAAGUGAAAAAUGAAUCGCCCCAUCACCCCAAACUGGGCGAAUUGCAAAUGGCAGCCCAGCGACCGCAGAUUACCGAAGGCGAGAAGAUUUCAGUGAUUUUCACGUUAAAGAAUCAAGUUGGGGGUCUCGUGCGCGCCCUGUCUGUAUUCCAAGACCUGGGCAUCAAUGUUCUCCAUAUAGAGUCCCGGGAAUCGAUGACGGCAUUAGCUUCUUCGGACAUACUGGUGGAUGUAGAAUGUGACCUGCCGAGGAUGGAAGAGCUGAAGAGGAUGUUGAAACGUGAGGUCCAGGACUUCGAGGUGGUACCGCAGUCGGGGCUGGAAUUUGCACCACCAACACCCCUAUCAGCUGCCACUAGCUUUGACUUUGGCGAGAUGCCGUGGUUCCCUCGUAAGAUCUCAGAUUUGGAUCGGGCUCAGAAUGUGCUCAUGUACGGCUCUGAGCUGGACGCCGACCACCCAGGGUUCAAGGAUCCCGUUUACCGCAAAAGACGCGAGCACUUCUCAGCGCUCGCCAAAAACUAUAAAUCUGGUCAGCCGAUCCCCAAGGUCCAGUACACGGAAUCGGAAAUAAAGACAUGGGGAAUUGUGUUCCGUGAACUACGCAAACUUUACCAGAAGCACGCCUGCGAGGAGUAUCUGGAAAAUUGGCCGCAACUAGUGAAAUACUGUGGCUACAGGGAGGAUAAUCUGCCACAGCUGGAAGACGUAAGCAUUUUCUUGAAGCGUAAAACCGGGUUUCAACUGCGACCUGUGGCUGGCUACCUGUCUCCAAGGGACUUUCUAUCUGGACUAGCUUUUCGUGUGUUCCACUGUACCCAGUACAUAAGACACUCCUCCGAUCCCUUCUACACACCAGAGCCUGAUUGCUGCCAUGAGUUACUCGGUCACAUGCCUCUACUAGCCAAUCCGAGCUUUGCGCAGUUUUCUCAAGAAAUCGGCCUGGCUUCACUGGGAGCCUCUGAUGAAGAUAUCGAUAAGUUGGCAACGCUUUACUUCUUCACGGUUGAGUUUGGUCUGUGCCGACAACCUGACGGCUCAUUUCGCGUGUACGGCGCUGGACUCCUGUCCUCCGUGGCUGAGCUUCAACAUGCCCUCGUGACCCCUGACAAGAUUAAGCGAUUCGACCCUGACAUCACUGUUAAUGAGAAAUGCAUCAUCACUGCGUACCAAAAUGCCUACUACUACACCGAGUCCUUCGAAGAAGCCAAAGAGAAAAUGAGAGCCUUCGCUGAAGGCAUACAACGACCGUGCGGGGUACGCUACAACCCCUACACACAAAGCGUGGAGGUGUUGAGCAACGCCCAGAAAAUUACUGCACUCGUCAGAGAGCUGAGAGGAGAUAUCUGCAUUGUCUCAUCCGCUAUCAAGAAGAUUUCAGCCCAAGAUUCUACACUUGACGUGGAAACUAUUGCGAAUAUGUUGCAUACGGGGUUACAGAUGAAUGAGAGAAGCCCGCAAAGUACAUCUGGAGGAAGCACGCCGAAUUCCGAUAGAGGCGCUUCGCCUAAGCCAGAAGAUGGAAAUUAG